AUGGCAAGGGUAAAACAAUUAGCUGCCAAACCUCGAAAAUUCAUGGGUGAUGCUAUGAAAGCUACUGGCAGUUCCAAAAAGGAAAGAGAAGAAGGAACUGAAGUUGAGAAUAGUAAUGAAGAAAUAGAGAUAGUGGCAGAACGAGUAAGAAAAAGAAAGGGAAAGGGUAUUGCUGGGUCAGAGCCUUCUGAGAAAAAGAAGAAAAUGGAGAAGGCCCCUUCUUCGAAACCUUUUGUGCAACAAAAUAUUUUCGAGCCAAGGUACAUUAAAUGGGAUUCAUUUUCUGACUUGCCUUAUGAAUUUGAAGAUUUAUUUACUUUUCAAGGUUGGAUGGAAUUUUUUGAGUUGAAUGAAUAUUAUUAUCCUUAUUUGAUUCAAGAAUUUUAUGGAAGUAUGAAAGAAGUUGUUAAAGGAGAAAGUUUUAGUGUGAGAGUUAAGAAGAAAAGUCAGAUUUUUAAUGUCGAUUUCUUAGCCUCUGUUUUAAACCUACCAAAUGAUGGAAAUAGGAUUGGAACCUUCAAAGAUUCUAGGAAGCUUGAAGGAUAUGAUGAGAAGGCAUUUCAAUUAUCAAUUUUUCCGGAGGGUACACCUGAAAAUGAAAUGACCAAUAUCAGUUUAUUGCCUCAAAAUUUUAGAAUUCUACAAUCCUUCAUUCGAUAUUUGCUCAAUCCUAGAAGUGGUAGUCACUCGUAUGCAAAUAGCCUUGAUUUAUGCAUUAUGUGGCACUUGGUUAACAAAAUCUUAUUUAAUUUGCCAUUUUUUAUUUUUAAAUUGAUUGCUAAGUCUAGUAAGCAUAGAAGGUUGCCAUAUGCUAUGCCUUUGACUCUUAUAUUUCAAGCUAUGGGAGUUGAUUUGAGCAAAGAAAAGAAGUUUAGCAAUCCUAUCCCCAUUAAGGAGAUAUUCAAGGCUGAUGAUGGUAGGAAAAGGAGUAAGAAAGAAGAGAAAAAACAAGAAGAAGAGACUGAUAUUGAGAUUGAAUCUAAAUCAGAAUCAAAUUCUGAAACAGAAUCAAACAUCCCAAUAAGCAAGUUGAAAGAGAAAAGUUCUAAGAUAGAUGAAGGGGAAAGCUCUAAGAAGAAAGAGAAAAUGAAGCUAAAAAUGUUAGAUUUUAUGAAAAUAAGUAAAGCAAAUCUGGACAUGAUGAAGGAAAUCAAAGAAAUGAGUGGACUUACCUUGAGUAUUUUAGAAAAAUCUCAUGAAUUGCAGAAGGGAAUUAUGGCUGAGCAAAAUGCAAAGAUGGAUAUGUUGAUUAAUAGAUUGGAUAGACAAGAAUGGUUCAUGAAGAAUAUGGCUCAAAUGUUGUUUGGUGAAUCUUUUGGAAAGUUUGGAGAUUUUAGAAGCUACCCACAGGGUACCGUUGGUCCUAGCAAUGCAAAGGCUGCUGGACCAAGUGAAGUAAAAAUUUCUAAAGUGGAAGAAGAAAAAGAGGAGCAUGUAGAAGCUGCUGAAAAGGAAGAAUCUGCAAAAGAGGCAUCAGAAGUAGAACAAGAACCUGACAAAGAAAAAUCAACAGAAUCCUCAACUCAUACUAAAAGCAACAACAGCAGUGAAAAUGGAAAAAGUGAAGGCAGAAACAGUUCAAGACAAGAAGAGGAGAAGGAAGAUGCUGACAAAAAGAAAGAAGAGCAGUCACAAGACCCAUCCUCUGAUCAACCAAACCCUGUUCCCACUACCUCUCAACUAGUACCUGAAUCAACCAUCUCUUUUACCCAUGCAAUAUGGCCCUAG